UUCCAUCAAUCAAGAUGGGUGAAGACCACAUGACCCAUUUCCGGUCAGCAGUCUCCCAUGACAAGAGGCAAGAUGGCGGCCCAUUCGGCAGUGACGGCAGGAGCAAAGGGUCGACUGAUUGCCGUGAUAGGCGACGAAGAUACAUGUACUGGCUUUCUUCUGGGAGGAAUUGGAGAGGUAAACGCUAAACGGCAAAAGAAUUUCCUUGUCGUCCAUAAGGAUACCUCUGUGAGUGAAAUUGAGAAAGCCUUUGAACAGUUUAUCAACAGGGCAGAUAUUGCUAUUUUACUCAUCAAUCAAAAUAUUGCAGAGGAAAUUCGCCAUGUAAUAGAUGCUUAUGAGAAAGCAAUUCCUGCUGUGUUAGAAAUUCCUUCUAAAGAGCAGCCAUAUGAUCCAUCCAAGGACUCCAUUUUGAGAAGGGCUAAGGGUUUGUUUAGUGCUGAAGACUUCAAGUAAUAGGAAAAAGUGAUCAGUUUAAUAUGCUUGUUGUAUGCUCAUUGAAAAUACACAUUCUUAAGUAGUAAUGUUCAUUUAUUCCAUUCACAAAAUUUUACAAGGACUAUUGUUCUAUUAACCAUGGAUACAUAAAAAAAAGUCGAUAAUAGCUAAUGGGCGGCAAUACGGCUCAAUUAACCUCUGGUACACAAGAUAGAACUGUCUACACCUGUCUUUGACUUCAUGAUACUAUAUGCAGCUAACAAUUAUUGUCCCAUGGCAUGGUAUUGAUAAAAAGGGGGUUUAUUUGGUUCCAUUCUGUUUCUAUGUAUACAUUGUUUGAAAUUGUCUGUAAAUAAAGAUUGCCAAAAUGAAA